AAUCGUGUUGGGGGUUGUGGCCCCUGGAGCCCACUGUCAUCCCACCCCGAUCCCGACCCAUCGCAGAAAAUGUGUGCCGCCAAAGCAAAAAAAAGGAGUGAACUGGCGGUGCGUGAUCGCUGGAGAAGUCGUGGGGUGAGACACUUGACGCUGGGUCGGUUGCAUGACCUCAGUCGCCACACGAUUCGCUUCUUCCCCAGAGUCCAUCUCGACGGUUUUCUGAAACUCUGUCACCUCGUGGCUGUCCGCUCCUUUUCAGUCUUACCCAACCCCUGGCUCGUGAACAUUGUGCCUGCCGCCUGCCACCAAUCACCCUUGGCCACCACCUCUCCUCCGCUGAGCCUGCUGGAAGCACGCUAAGGCGUAUCACGCACAAACUCUACGUCCAGUAGACUCGGCGGCCCGAAGAAAGCAACAGAGACUGGAGCAAAGGAACAAGAGAGAGCAGAUAUAACUAAGCCCUCGACGUUGUGUCAGCUCACCUGCUGCCCCUCCCCAACAAAAACAAGAAGCACGACACCUUACCUUCCACGACCUCCCGCGCCCGUCGCCACGCACGCAGUAGCGCCAACCCCAGGCCGCUCGAGACUCUUGCGACUCGUCCUGUACCUCGGGCGAGCUAUCCAUCUUUCGAACCUCUAACGCAACGGCGCUUCGAAAAACGAGGCGCGACUACGACGCCCCGCCGCCACGCGCGACCUCCUGAAGAUACUCUUAACUCCACAAGACCAACGGGAGCUUGAGCUUGUUGCGACGAGGGGCUGGUGGGCUGCAAGGUCCCUAUAAAGGAACAAGAACCAGGUCGCACCCGAGACCGUGCCGUCGCAAGACGGGCUGCGCCAACCAAGCCAUGCUGGCAUACCUCUACUACUUCGCCGCCGGCUACACGGGACUGGUGGUGGCGCUUUACAUGAUGUCUUUCGUCAUUUCCAAGGCCUCCUUCGUGGCGCGCAUUCUGGCCUCGUACAUGGCGCUGCUCAUAGCCGCCUCGUUCGGCGUCUUCGCCUCGAUCGCGCUCCGGCUGGUCGGCAAGGCGCAACAGUCGCAGUGGGUCGUCGCGCGCUUCUUCAAGUACCUCAUGAUGCCGGCCACGGGAAUCACGUUCGAGGUUGUCGAUCCGGAGGGCCAUCUGCGCGACGGCAAGACCAGGCCCGCCGUCCUGAUCGGCAACCACCAGACGGAGUUGGACGUGCUGAUGCUCGGCUGCCUCUUCCCGCAGUACUGCAGCGUCACGGCCAAGGCGAGUCUGCGCCGCGUGCCCUUCCUGGGCUGGUUCAUGAGCCUGAGCGACAGCAUCUUCAUCGACCGCAAGAACUCCAAGGACGCCCGCGAGGCCAUGAAGGGGGCCGCCGACGAGAUCCGCAGCCGCCGCCAAAACGUCUACAUGUUCCCCGAGGGCACCCGCAGCUACACCCGCGAGCCCACGCUGCUGCCCUUCAAGAAGGGUGCGUUCCACCUCGCUGUUCAGGCACAGGUUCCCAUCGUGCCCUGCGUCGUCGCAAACUACAGCCACGUGCUUUGGAUCAAGGGUCUCCACUUCUCGGCCGGCAAGAUUCCCGUCAAGGUGCUCGACCCCAUCCCGACCACUGGACUUACCACCGCCGACGUGGACGAGCUCUGCAAGACCACGUACGAUGUUAUGCUCAAGGAGCUGAUCAUCCUCACCGCGCAAGCCCGCGGGGAGCCCAUCACGGUCCCGUCCAACAUCGACUCGACGGGCGUCAUCAUGGCCUCUGGCGUCGACACCAAGGCAUCAUCAUGACAGCCUCGAUGAAAGGACCUCUCUGCUUCGGUCCAGCUACCCAAUUCCUGAAACUCUUGUACAAAGCUACUGGUCGAAGCCAUUUUGCGAGUGGAGAACCGCAUUGCGGUAAACACAAGCUUGAAUUUCCACUACAUUUUUUCCUCCCUGGUUUUUUUGCAUACGGUGGACUGCUGCGUUUUUAACAUUGAAAGACCAGUUUGGCCUAUUUAGGCUACCUACCUAGAAUGCAUAAACAUAUAAGUUAGAGUAGGAGGGUUUGAGCCACCGGAGGUUUGAGCUACCCGCCGGUAAAAGUAGGGUUUUACUGAUUAAACCCCGUUCUUUUCCUUUAAAUAGCCUCGUACCUGGUGCAUUUUACAGUUUUUUUUUAAUAUUUUCACUCCAACCGUUUAAAACCUACUACCCGUGUCACGGUACGCGUCAGACACCCAGGGAAGAACCUGAGGCCGCACUCCUAGCGCGCCAACGUCACGCCUACAAAACCACAGCAGAGCGCCAGGAGCGCUCUGUCCAGAUAGCUUCCUCCUCGUGCA